GCUGUCCCAUCCCCAUCGUACUUCCCAUACCCUGCAUCCCCGCCCCCCUCCCCUAGGUCCCCAGGUCGCCCACCGCCCGCUCCGGGGCCGUCGCGAGGCUGCAGCUUGAAGAGAUUCCUACCCUGCUGAGCAUCUGCACAUUCACCCAAGAGUUGGGGCCCAGGUCUCAGAUUAUUCGGUUUCUCUUGUGCAGCCUAGGGCUCUGUGCCCAGGCCUCCACGGCAGGUCAACAUGGCAGAGACACUGGAGUUCAACGAUAUCUACCAGGAGGUGAAAGGCUCCAUGAAUGAUGGUCGGUUGCGGUUGAGCCGCCAGGGUAUCAUUUUCAAGAACAGCAAGACUGGCAAAGUGGACAACAUCCAGGCCGGGGAGUUGACAGAAGGCAUCUGGCGCCGUGUCGCUCUGGGCCAUGGACUUAAACUGCUCACAAAGAAUGGCCAUGUCUACAAGUAUGAUGGCUUCCGAGAAUCGGAGUUUGAGAAACUCUCUGAUUUCUUUAAAACUCACUAUCGUCUUGAGCUAAUGGAAAAGGACCUAUGUGUGAAGGGAUGGAACUGGGGUACAGUGAAGUUUGGUGGGCAGCUGCUUUCUUUUGACAUUGGUGACCAGCCAGUCUUCGAGAUACCCCUAAGCAAUGUGUCCCAGUGUACCACAGGCAAGAAUGAAGUGACACUGGAAUUCCACCAGAAUGAUGAUGCAGAAGUGUCUCUCAUGGAGGUGCGCUUCUAUGUCCCUCCCACCCAGGAGGAUGGUGUGGAUCCUGUUGAGGCCUUUGCCCAGAAUGUGCUGUCGAAGGCAGAUGUAAUUCAGGCCACUGGAGAUGCCAUCUGCAUCUUCCGGGAGCUGCAGUGUCUGACUCCCCGUGGUCGUUAUGACAUUCGGAUCUACCCUACCUUUCUCCACCUGCAUGGCAAGACCUUUGACUACAAGAUUCCCUAUACCACAGUACUGCGUCUCUUUUUGCUGCCUCACAAGGACCAGCGUCAAAUGUUUUUUGUGAUCAGCUUGGAUCCCCCCAUUAAGCAGGGCCAAACCCGUUACCACUUCCUGAUUCUCCUCUUCUCCAAGGAUGAGGACAUCACCUUAACCCUCAACAUGAAUGAGGAAGAGGUGGAGAAGCGCUUUGAGGGUCGGCUCACCAAAAACAUGUCAGGAUCCCUUUACGAGAUGGUCAGCCGGGUCAUGAAAGCACUUGUGAACCGCAAGAUCACAGUCCCAGGCAACUUCCAGGGGCACUCAGGGGCCCAGUGUAUCACCUGCUCCUAUAAGGCGAGCUCAGGGCUGCUGUACCCAUUGGAGCGGGGCUUCAUCUAUGUCCACAAGCCACCAGUGCACAUCCGCUUUGAUGAGAUCUCCUUUGUCAACUUUGCCCGUGGUACCACUACCACUCGAUCCUUUGACUUUGAAAUUGAGACCAAGCAGGGUACUCAGUAUACAUUCAGCAGCAUUGAGAGGGAGGAGUAUGGAAAGCUGUUUGAUUUUGUCAAUGCAAAAAAGCUCAACAUCAAAAACCGAGGAUUGAAAGAGAAAAAAGAGGGCAUGAAUCCAAGCUAUGAUGAAUAUGCCGACUCUGAUGAAGACCAGCAUGAUGCCUAUUUGGAGAGGAUGAAGGAGGAGGGCAAGAUCCGAGAAGAGAAUGCCAAUGACAGCAGUGAUGACUCAGGAGAAGAAACUG